UCCACAUCGCUGCUACAAUUUGCAGCGUCGUUCCGUAGUGCAACGGCGAGCACCACGUCAUCUUUUGGAAGCCUGGUACUUUUGGCUAGGCAGUGCUUUACUCGUUGCUUCUGUCAUUUCUGCGAUAUUCCACCUACACAUAUCAACGCUAACAGACAAAAUGCUCAGGAAUUCAAUCAGCCGAGAGCUAAUCAAAACCAGAUAUCUAUAAUAGUUCCCUCAACGUUUUCGUCGCAGAGAAAGAUGCUGGUAAUUGGUGCGCAGCCGAGCUUCACGCACAUGACACCAGUCGUUGCGUAACAAAGCGUCGAUUCGUCGCAGACUCGUUACGUGCCAGUGCUCAGUGUUCUCGAAACUUGAUCAGGACAUAUACAUCAUCAGAUAUCUCAUCAUUUACCGGCAAUUACCGUGGUAAAAAAAAAAGUAUUUUUUACGGCGUAAAAAAAGUGCU